GCAGUAACGUUUUUCACUGGUUGUGCUAUUACUUCGCCUGCUUCAAUCAAUCUUAGAUUACUCACACUUGUAAAAAUAUACACGUGUUAAAACUAUUUAUUUUUCUCUAGCUUAACUAUCUGUCUCCUUUUCUCAGGGCAAGGCUCGCAGCUCUCAACCAAACAACAUAUGAGAGGCGCCAAAGGCAAUGAGUUUAGAAUUGUGUGUUGUCUGUCUUCAGAAAUGAAGCUAUAACGUGGAUAGUCUUUAGGUGAAAAAUAUGGAAAUGCAGGCUAGAAACAACCGUUAGGAGAACAAAGCUACCAUAUUAUUAUACAUGCUGCGAGAAAAUACAAUUUAUUAGAAUAUUUUUAAUCCCCGUGUGAACCUUUUUUCAUAGAGCGUGAGCCUAUGUUAAUGUUUGAUUUCUGACAUAUUAAAUUCCUCCUACGAAAUUAUAUGUUGUCCCGAUAGAACAACAAUUCAAGUAAUAUAAAAAUUAGUAACUGUAUCCAAGUAUUACCGUGUCGGCUACAGAGACUGCGUAACGAAACUUUAACAGUCAGUGCUGCCCAUUUACUAUUGUUGAAUGUUCAUUUAUCGAAAUAAUUUGACAUUGAAUAUUUAAUAUCAAAUGCAUAUUUUUGUACGAAAUAAAAUGAGAUCGGUAUAUGUGUACAUAUAUUUAUAAUGAAGGUUUUUGAAGAUUUAUGCAUUUGUUAUAGGUUCUAAAAAAUUUCUUAGACAAAUAAAUUGCAAUUCGUUCAUACAUAUAAUAUAGAAAAUAAAAAAAAUACAUCGAAAGAUCCUUAUUCGAAUUUUUUCUCAAAAUAACGGCUAAACAUUGAAAUGCUAAUCACCGUUCAGACGUUGCGGGACGAUACGUUUGUAAUUGAUAUUAAUCCUGAGGAGACGAUAUUUCAAUUAAAGGAGAGAAUCUAUAUUGAAAGAGGGACAGAAUACUAUGUUGAAAAUCAAAAACUGAUAUGUUCUGGUGUAAUACUCAGUAACGAGCGCAGUAUUAGUUCAUACAAUAUAGACGAAAGCAAGUUCAUCGUGAUAAUACUUAACGGUGGUUUUGAAAACUAUUUUCAGAAACCUGAUGGAACAUGUUUUCUCUCAUCCGUUGUAUCACCGGUUUCCACUACUCAAAAGGCGGACGAAUGCAACAAAUUACCAGACCGUAUAACAACAAUGGGUUCAUUCAAAGAAGUAUCAGUGGCGCAGGCCACAGAAACAGAAAAUAAAGCGAUAUCAUUAAAUAGUGGCAAUGAUGACUCUGUUGGGGAAAGUCAAUCUGUAGGUAGUAUUGACAACAUUAAUGGAGCAGCUGCUUUGGAAUCUACUGAAAGCAUUACAAGCAUAUUGUCUAGUGGGUCUGGGGUUUUGUUUUUUUCAAGAAGCAGUAAUGAAUCUGGGGGCUCUGAAAGUAGUCAUAGCACUUAUUCUAGUAGUGAUCUUGCUGGAGUGUUUUCUAAUACUUCAAUACAAUCAAGAGCUGAAAUGAAUUUACCCCUGGACUCAGAAUACGAACAUACAAUUGAGUCUAUGAUGGAAAUGGGCUUUAGCCGUGAAAAUGUUGAAAAAGCAAUGUCAGUCAGUUUUAACAAUCCAGAAAGAGCCGUCGAAUACUUAAUUAGCGGUACAACUGAAACAUCGGAUAGUUUCAGUACAACUACCACAGUUGCUCGAGAUAGCAUAAAGCUUAAAUAUAAUAUUGAAGCAAAUAAUGAUGACGAAAACUGCAUCAACGCUAGAGAGUCCGCUCGUAUUGGCGAUAAUGAAAGCAGUCAGGUGUCAUCAAUCCGGUUUAAUAGCAUUAGCAAAAUAUGCAAUUGUCAAGAGAGUGGUUGUUGUGGUGGGCCCUGGACUGGAGAAAGUCAACAUGCUACAUUAUGUAAUCUUGUUGGUCUCAAUCAAAAUGGUGACGUCGGUAAUUUAAAGGAUUAUAAAACGCAAUCCCAAGAUGACGAGGAACAGAUGAAAGAAAAUUCUAAGGAACUUGAUGAAAAUAGGCAAAAAGAAGUCCAGUCUUACAACCUUGUCAGUGGAGAUACUCAAAAUAAUGAAUUAGGGAGUGUUUUGGCUUCGGUCGGAAGUAAUACUAGUAUAUCCUCAAGUGGAUCCGGUGUAUUUCCUCUUUCCGGCAGAAGUACUAGAUCUGAAGGUUCUGAAAAUAGCCACAGCACAUUUUCAAGUGGUGACCUUGCAGGUGUGUUCUCUAAUACUUCAAUGAAAUCAAGAUCCGAAUCAAAUUUGGCAGUGAGUGAAGAAUAUAAUCGUACUAUUGAAUCAAUGAUAGAAAUGGGUUUUAGUCGUGAAACCGUUGAACACGCUAUGACUGCUUGUUUUAAUAAUACGGAGAGAGCAAUAGAAUUUUUAAUAAGUGGAUUGUCAGAUACUUCAGAGAUAUUUAAUAGCAAUACAACUAAUGAAGCAGAUAAUAGCACCGAUAUUGUGGAAAAUAGUAAUAGAGUCUAUGACGAAGAGAGAGCUCGUUUGCCAAAUUCCAUUGCUGAAGUUGGCUUAAAUUUCAGAUACAGAGUUGAAGAUUAUGACGAUGAUCAACGGCCUCUAGAAAACAAUCGUACGGCAUUGCGAUAUGUCACAGAUCCAUUUGAAAUAUUUCGCAAUCAACCGCAGUUCUUACUAAUGCGUUCGUUAAUGUAUCACAAUCCGGACGCUUUACAUGGAGUACUCCAGCAAGCAUACACUCAGAUUGGGCAAACUAAUCCAGCGCUUCUACAACUUAUAUCGGAAAACCAAGAUGCUUUCCUAAGAAUGUUAAGUCAAACUUUGGAGGGACGUGCUGAUAUAAACCGGCAACAUCCUCGUCGGAUGACAGCAGGGCGACGUGCGCAGCUUGCUGCUGCAGUUCGCGCUGCAGCUGGAGGAGAUGGAUUGCAUGUACGUUCUACUGAUAUAGACCCUGGUGCAGGCGGUGACGGACUUCUUACACACCAGCGACCUGGAGAAAGUGGUGAUGCAGGGGCCGAUACAGUACCACAUGUCUUUUCGUCUGUACAACCAGAUAGAGCGGCAGAACGUCGAGCAGCCGCUGCUGAUGCGUACUUACGUGAAAGGGCUGCAGCUGCAGUUGCAGUAGCGACUUUAACUGCAGAUACUUCUGAUACAAUUCAUAACGAAAUUUAUGAAGAUGGAGGUGCUACAAGCACAAUAGAUAACGAUAAUUUAUCUGCCACCAGCCGUCCACAAGGGCAUGGAAACAUGAAAUUUCUACUCACAUCACAAGACGAGGAAGCAAUUAAUCGCCUUAAAUCCCUUGGUUUUUCAGAAUCCCUGGCAUUGCAAGCAUAUUUUGCUUGCGAAAAAAACGAGCAAUUAGCGGCGAACUUUUUAAUAUCUUCAGCGUUAAGUGAUUAGGACAUUUGUUUUGUUUUAAACUACUUAACAUUUAGGCUCGUAAGAUAAGUAAUCUUAUUACAGGAUUUUAACUAAUUAUAUACUAUAAUGACUCAUUUGUACAUUUACUGAAUUUAUCAACGUGAGUUAAUAAAAUAUCGCUUUAAAAUAUAUCCCUACUCGUAAUACAUAAUGAUCUAUAAUACAAUAUUCCCCAUAUUAUACAACUUAAAACAUGUAUUUAUUAUAAUUUCUUAUACCACCCCUAACUUUACUUAUAUUAUUAAAACUUUUUUUUAUUGUUUCUAACAACUUCAAUAUAUAGUGACAAUGAUGACUCUGUUGGAGCAUACGAGUAUUGUUUAGUGGGUCAGGAGUUUUGUUUUAUUCCAGAAGCAGUAAUGAAUCUGGGAUCUCUGAAACCUAACUUUACUUAUGUACAUAUAUUAAUUAUAAAUUUUUUUGUGCUGUUUCUAACGACUUAAUAUGGACCUGAUAAUAAUAUGCCUUGGUACUAAAAAUGGAUAAUCUAAUAUAAUGUAUGUAAAUGACGUGUUCAGAACGAAAUUGCGCAAGGGUUAUUAGAUUUUGAUCCUCAAGUAUGUCGUUUACUAAGAGGGAGUCAAUAAAGGUUGAAGUUGAUCACGUCCUAAGAUUGGUUGGUAAGGUGGUGUAUGUCAUCAAUGUACUGUAACACCGUGGACAAAACAGUCAAUCUGGCAGAAAUUUACAUGUUUUAACAACAAUUUUUAUUUUUUAAUUUUAUUUAAUUUUUUUUUUUUACGUUUACGACAUUAAAAAACUUAUUCGAAGUCAGAAGAAUCGGAAGAACAGUUGCACGAAAGGUAAUUUUCGAUUGAAAGUAAGGGUUUCACUUUUUCAUCCAAUUUACGAGCGUUACUGUUUUUUUUGGUUAGCAUGUCAAAAAUAUUCAAUAACCUUACAGUCAUUGUGUUGAAAAUGUCAAAUUUUGCACCGAAAAGUGAUGAUUUGCGGAAAGCAUUAAUUUUUUGUUUUCAUUUGAGGAAAUUGCUUCGAAUGCUUGUCGGGGCAUAUGGUGAUCAUGCUCUAUCAGAAGGAACAUGCAAAAGAUGGCUUCAAAGGCUUAGAGAUAAUAUUUUGAUGUGAGAAAUAAAAAACGUGGAUCAAAAGUUUGAAGACGCCGUUUGAAAGCUAUGGGAAAGAUACAAUAAUGUGGAAAAUGGGUACUACAUGAAUUGAUUGAAAGAGAGCUGGAAAACUGAAAAGACACUUGUGAAAUUUUGUUUCAAAGACACGAAAGAAAAUCAGUUUUCUUAACAAAUGACCAAUUUGAACCAGGAACUGAUCGAAAAACGACCGAAAUACACCGCAAAAUAAUUUUGUUACACGACCGUGCACCUGCAUACAAAUCAAAAUUGGUUCAGGAUAAUCAAAGUACUUGAUUGGAAGCUGCUAUCCCACCCGCCUCGUACACUAGACUUGGCCCCUUGCGAUUAUCAUUUCUUUUCAUACAUAGAACACGCAUUGGUUGCGAGCACUUUGUUUCCUACGCAGAAGUCGAAAAUUGGGCGUCUAAUUGGUUUGCUUCACAAAGCCAAUAUUUCUAUUGGCAUGGCAUCCACAACUUGUUAGUUGAUCAAAAUUUGUUAAAAGCAAUGAUCAAAACUUUGAAUAUUUUUUUUUACUUUCCCAAUCAUUAUCACAAAAAACCGGCACACUUGGUAUUAAAGAUUCCAGUAUGCCACUGCCACAAACGUGUGGUCCACUCCCUGUCAUAUAGCCUGAACAGGUUUUAAGAUGGCACCAUCCAUUGCAUGUAUUAUGCCUAACUAAAGUGAAGUCACCAAAGUUUUUGGCGCAGACAAAAUUGAAAAAUGCCUUCGGGUCUGGUUGUAUUCAGUGCCGGCAUGAAUCAAGAUCCCAUAUCCUUUAUUAGCAGGUGUUGCUCCGAGGAUUUAAAAUUAACUCCUCAGUUUUGGAUAUACUUCAGUUUGGUGAUUCCAAAAUACGGAUUUCCGACAUCCCAUUUGAUUUAAUAUCGUUGAUAUGGAUUAAUAUCCCUAAUAUUUUAAUAAAACUAAGCUGACAUGUUUUCGUAUCGUUUAUGUGAUUUACCGGCUUUAGCUUUGAUUCCAAGCCUCUAGUUCAUGUCAGAAUCGUAGUUAUUCCACAUGAAAGCCAAAGACAGAC